UCGCUCGUUGGUUUUUGUUCCCGGAUGUUCAGUCUCGGGCAGGAAUCAUGGCAGCGAUGUUUACGUGUUGUCUAGGCUGCUGCGGAGAUGGCGGAUCGGGGCAUAUCCCCCUCAAAGAAAUGCCCACCGUUCAGUUAGACACUCACCACAUGGGCACAGAUGUUGUCAUCGUAAAGAGUGGUCGGAGGAUAUGUGGCACUGGAGGCUGUCUGGCCAACGCUCCGCUGCACCAGAACAAAAGUUACUUUGAGUUUAAGAUCCAGUCCACUGGUGUGUGGGGAAUAGGUGUGGCCACGCAGAAAGUGAAUCUUAAUCAAGUGCCUUUGGGCAGAGACACAAACAGCCUCGUCCUGAGGCACGAUGGGUCUGUGUACCACAACAAUGAAGAGAAGAAUCGUCUGCCUGCAAACAGCCUUCCCCAGGAAGGGGACAUCAUUGGCAUCACAUAUGACCACGUGGAGCUGAAUUUAUAUCUGAAUGGAAAGAACAUGCAUUGUCCUGCCUCAGGGAUCAGAGGCACCGUAUACCCAGUUGUUUAUGUGGACGACAGUGCCAUCUUAGACUGCCAGUUCAGUGACUUCUACCACACGGCUCCGCAGGGAUUCGAGAAGAUCCUCUUUGAACAACAGAUCUUCUAAAGGAAGCACCUUCAGCCUUGACUCUACUUUACGUCGUCGUCCUACUCCAUGUCUCAUAGCAACCUCUGUGGCACCACAGUUUGACCAUAAUUGAAUGUUCCUUAUUCUGUGUGGCUUGAAUGGCCGUUUUUUUUUGUUUCCCCUGAUUGCUCUUUACCUCUCAUUAUCACUGCUCUUGAUUGAUGUUGGAGUAUCCUUGAAGAGGUGGGGAUUUCUGAUCCUUGGUUGGCUGUGAUUGGCUGUUUGAGUCUUAUGCUGAUGGGAAAACCCAAAUCAUCACCUUAUGUCAGUGCUGUAUUACCUGAAACAGUCCGAGUUGCUGCUUACAUCCUUUGUCUGCGUGCAGAUCAGAAAGCCGUGUUUGAUUGGCAUCGUCGUGUUUUCUCGUCAUUGCUAACCUGACAUCUCAGCAUACACUCCAUAUUUAUUCUUAUUUAUUGGAAACAUCGAUCAAAGUUUUGUUUUUCGUUGGUGUGACUUAAGAUUAACUUUUUUUUGACUAUUGUGCAUUUGUGAACUAAAAGAUGUACUUACACAUCCGUCAACAAUAUCUCAUUUACAUGUAUGCUGCCUUCUUUGUCUAAGAAUACAAUUAAAAGUGAAGAUAUUGCGGCAUUGUCUCAAUUUGAUUUGACCCAAAUACUUACUGCGUUUUGAACCUGUGCACAAUCCAGUGUCUUGAGGUUGACUUUUCUUUGAGGUAUGCUGAGGUGACGGUGCUAAUCAUUUCUUCAAACAACCCGUGAGUUCCCCCACACUCUUCUUGUCCUGAAAUGUUUUUAUGGAGUAUUUAAUUCUAAAAUAUCAGAAAUAUUACCAGAGCUGGUGCUGGUCGUCUCCGAUUAGAGAUGUGUGAUAAAAAAUGUCAAUCUGUCGUGUUGUAUUGGCAUUGCAUAUCCUUUUGCUGCAGUGUGACAGUUAAAUAUUUCAAAUGCUUGCCCAUUGUUUGCACUAAUUAUUCCUGUUGUACAAGCAAAUCCAAAUAUUGUUCAUUCAAUAAACUGUUGUGUCUAGAAGCAUCA